AUGAGUCCACGUCAACGCACGAUCGUGCGACAAGUCAUCCCCAAGGAAGUCCUACCAAGCGAAUCUCCAUCAGGGCGGUUGACAAUCACCGCGAACGCCUCCCCUGGGUACAAGCUGGAUCAGCCGUGGAAGUUGGGCUUUGACUUCGAUAUGGGCCGCAAUCGUAUCGAGCCAGACAAGGAGUACGGUACUUGUGUGCUCUUUAGUCAGGAAGAGCCUCCAGAUGAAGCAAAAAGCGGGAAGGGCGAGGGUGCACCUAAAGCCGCACUGCUGCAAUAUAGAAACUCAGGGAUGGACGACUUCGUUGAUCUUGGUGAUGAAAAGGCCAUGUUGUACUCGUACAACAACGUCUCUCUAUGGAGGCUUGCCGCGGUUGGAUAUCGGAAAUGA